AUGGCUGUCUUGGUCGGCUUCCUGUUCUUGUCCAGUUUAGCGGCUGCAGCAGCAGUUUUCCCCCACCGUUCUCUCAUGAGAGAGGGGCCCGAGUCGUCCGGCGCCGGGCCCGAGGACCCGGACCGGGGAGGGGUCCGGGUCGUGCAGCUGGACCCCCGGGUCCUGGCCCGGGCCGGGCUCUUCAGAGGGGCGGGUCUGGCCCCCAGGAGGGGCCCCGGAUCCAGGCUGCCCUUCCCGGCCUUCCUGUCCCGGGGGCGUCCAGGUCCGAACCUGGUCCCCCUGCAGAACCUGGGCCCCCUGCAGAACCUGGGCCCGGACAGGCCCCUGGAGACGGAGCUGAACAGGAAGCAGCAGGGGCUGCACAUGUGGCAGAGAGUCGCCCACCAGGGCGGCCGGACGCCGCUGCCGCUGGACCUGAAGGACGCCCGGCAGACCUGCACCGCCGUGUCCUUCCCUCAGCGUGUGACGGCCGCCGGGUGCCAGACGGUGACUCUGCAGAACAAGCUGUGCUUCGGCCAGUGCUCGUCGCUGUUCGUCCCUCCGGGGGGGGAGUCCGGCGAGCUGAGCCCCGGACCGGCGGCCCGGCGCCGCCACAGCCCCUGCUCCCGCUGCACCCCCGUCAGGGCCCGCACCGUCGCCGUGGCGCUGCGCUGCGGUCCGGGCGCCGCCGUGCGGGAGAGACGGGUCAUGCUGGUGGACGAGUGCAAGUGUGAGACCGGUCGGGACGAGAGGGAGGCGGAGGCUGCACCUCACACACACCUGUAG